AUGCACGCGGGCACUACUGCGAAGCAUACAUAUUCUGCCUUUCUGUCCGGCGCAGGCCCGGGGCGUACCUUGUUGUAUUUAGUGGCUGUUCCUCGCAUGCGCGAUGCAGCAAAGGCGGGCAGGCAUGUAUCAUUAAGCAAUGACAACAACUUUAGCUGGUUGCAGCUGAUGACCAAGUUUGGCGUGCUCCCUUUUCCCCACCCCUCCUCCUUUGUCUGCGAAGACGUCCUUUUUUUCUCUCUGAAGUUUUACCCACUAUCCCCGGCCGGUCAUCGGAUCAUGUGGGCUGGUUCGAGACACUGUCUGCUUGGUAAGAAAGCCACGAUACGUUGCUCCGAGCCCCCGAUGUGUGGUACACUAAGUGACAAGCAACCAUGGUUCAACAUUGCCCGCCCCCCCUUGGUACCGCAGCUCUGGGAAUUGAGAAGAAAAUACCAAGAGGUAGAGCCAACCACCUUCCUAAUGAGUAUCCCCAUCGAAGAAUUGAAAGACGGAGAAAAGGAAUCUUCUGAUUGUUGCCUGUGCAAUGUGCGUUGCCGUCCCCUCCUUGUGACCAAGACGAAGUUGUUUGUGGGCCGCUUUGUUGUCGAGUAUCUCGACGCAGUGAGCCAUACUUGGUCCAGUGCUACCAAUGACUUUUGCCCGUGGAGAUUCUACACCUCCGACAUUUUCGAGUACUUAUACUGGGUAUACACUGGUAUUUUACGUAUGUUUGAAACAAGCGGAGUACUGCCAGCUGUAUGUAUGGAGUACUUAGCUAGUGUAUCUUAUCUAUUUCAACGCCCAUUCAGCCAUGGCGAAGUGGUCAUGUGA